CUGGCAUUACUGAUGCAAAAUCUAUUGUUAUUUGAAUCCUUCCAAAACCAACUACGAUAGAGUGUGUUGUGUGAUGUUCUGUUCCUAACUUCGUAAUACAUGGUCUUCCUCGAAUACUCACAACAGGCUUCGUUUCAAUAUCAUAGGAAACGCUGAAAUGGAACACAAUUCGGAUGCCACCAUAACGAUCAGCGUCAAGUUCAGUGGUGGCUCUAUACCCAUCUCAAUCUCACCCAAUUCAACUAUCAAAGAUCUCAAAUCCCUUCUUCUACCUGCCACCAAUGUUCUUCCACGGGGCCAGAAACUCAUUUUCAAAGGAAAGGUUUUGGAAGACCCCAUGACGUUGACCGCAUCCAAUUUGACUAAUGGGUCCAAACUCAUGCUUGUGGCUUCCCAAGGUUUACAUCAAGGGGAUGGUCCCGUCUUGAAAAACGCACAGGUUGUCCCCAGACUGAGGAAAGAUAGCCACCCAGACUCUAGCAAUGACAUGAAGAAAUUUCCUGUUAAGAACAGAUUGGAACGGUGGAAAGCAACAGGAGUUAUAGCACUGUCUGAAUGCAACUUGGAGGCCGUACCUAAUGAAGUGUGGGUUUGUGGACGUUCUGCAAGAGUUCUAGAUUGCAACAACAAUUUGAUUAAAAAUGUCCCUAUAGAAAUUACUCGUCUUACUGGUCUAGAGAAACUAUUCAUUAAUGCAAAUGACAUAGUGGAUGAAUCAAUUAGCUGGGAAGGACUAACAACUCUGAAGUUCCUUACUGUAUUAUCAUUGAACCAUAAUAAUUUAACUACUUUGCCAUCUGCACUAGGACCUCUAACCUCUUUAAGGGAGCUGCAUGUCUCCAAUAAUAAAUUGGGUGGCCUUCCUAAUGAAAUACGUCAUUUGACACAAUUAGAAGUUUUGCGCGCCAACAAUAAUAGGAUGAGUACCAUCAGUGAAUUUAUAGGGAACUGCCAUUCUCUUGUUGAGGUUGAUUUCUCAUCGAAUUUUCUGUCAGAAUUGCCAGAGACAUUUAGCAGUUUGAGCAAUUUGAAGGCAUUGUAUCUUAGUAACAAUGGGAUGAAGUCUCUUCCAUCUAAACUAUUCAAGACCUGCCUUCAGCUUUCCACUUUGGAUCUCCAUAACACACAAAUAACAAUCGAUCUCCUUCGCCAGUUUGAAGGGUGGGACAAUUUCGAUGAGCGCCGGCGUUCUAAACAUCAGAAACAACUGGAUUUCCGGGUUGGAGUUGCAAAAGAUUUUGAUGAAGGUGCUGAUAAAAACUAAAUAGAAAUGAGUUUGAUCAUAAUUAAUGCUUUUCAGAUAAUCUUCAUGAAGUUCAUAUCCAAAAUUGAUGGCAGUGCUUACCUUGCCUAUGGUGGCAAACUGAAUUUGUGAUAUGACUUUGUUCUACAGAGAUUUCCUUUAAGUGAUUGAUAAAUACAAUUUAGUUAUCCUAAAACUGUGAUUAUUAUUAUUAUUAUUAUUAUUGUG